AUGUCUAAACCAGUUACAUUAGAACUACCAUGGGUAGAAAAGUAUAGACCAAAGAAACUCGAAGAUAUUGUUGGAAACGAAGAGACGGUUGAAAGAUUGAAGUUGAUUGUCCAAGAUGGGAAUAUGCCAAAUAUGAUUUUAUCUGGUCUACCAGGGAUUGGUAAAACAACCUCGAUUCAUUGUCUUGCAUAUGAGUUAUUGGGCGAAGAAUAUUACCAUCAAGCCACUAUGGAACUAAAUGCAUCUGACGAUCGAGGAAUCGAUGUUGUACGUAAUAAAAUCAAACAAUUUGCUCAGACAAAAAUUCUGUUACCACCUGGUCGACAAAAGAUCAUUAUUCUAGAUGAAGCCGACUCAAUGACUCCAGGUGCCCAGCAAGCUUUGAGGAGAACUAUGGAGAUCUACUCGAACACAACAAGAUUUGCGUUUGCCUGUAACCAGUCACUGAAAAUCAUUGAGCCUUUACAAUCACGAUGUGCGAUUUUGAGAUAUAACAGAUUAUCGGACGAAGAGGUUUUGGCGAGAUUGUUGGAAAUUAUCAAAAUGGAAGAUGUACAGUAUAAUACUGAAGGUUUGCAGGCCUUGGUAUUCACUGCUGAAGGGGAUAUGAGACAGGCUAUUAAUAAUUUGCAGAGUACAGUUGCUGGGUUUGAGUUUGUUAAUGAUGUCAAUGUUUUCAAAAUUGUUGAUCAACCACAUCCACUUGUUAUACAACUGAUCUUGCUCAGCUGUCUCAGGGAUAAAGAUAUUGACAAGGCUCUUGAGUUGCUUGAUGGCCUUUGGUACAAAGGAUAUUCUGCUAUUGAUAUCGUGACACUGACAUUUAAGGUGGCCAAAACCAUACCCAAUAUCAACGAACAAAAGAGAUUGGAUCUCAUUAAAGAAAUAGGGUUUGCCCAUAUGAGAGUCUUGGAGGGUGUUGCUACAUAUUUACAAUUAUGUGGGUUGUACGCUAAGAUAUGUGACCUUUAA